AUGCAGGACAUCUCCCUCUUGCGUCAGUACCGUCACUGUACCGAGGCUAUGCAGAAGGUGACGAGACUCGACGGGCCAACCGACUGGGCCAGCGUGCUAUUGGAAAGAUGGAAUAUAGCUUCACGGGACGGUCAGACGCCAGCAGCUAGCUUGCAGGCCUUGCAUCGGUCACAACGGGCCCUGUCAGCCGCGAGAACCGGACGCCGCCUACCCCAACGCCCAGAUUGGGCUGGUGGUGGUCUCCUGGCGUAUGGUGCUGACGGGUGCAUCUACGUAGGCUUUGGCUUUUUGUUCUUCGGAUCCUGGGAUGCACGCUAUUGCCAGCAGCUCACACCGUUCAUCAAAAAUUUUCUGGGAGGGCAGAUAUCUUCUUGA